CAAAGAUCAGCUCCACUGUAAAAGAGAUUUGGUGUCAGUUGGUGUUGGCCUGAAGGCAACACAGAAUCAAAAUGACAUACAUAUUAAAGAUCACAAGGGUAACCCCACCUCUCUUUCUUCGAAGGAUCAGGCAAAGCCAAAAGUACUGCCUAACUUUGAAUCAUUUAUUGUAGAAGAGGAAGAAGGUUCAGGUGGCUACGGCACAGUUUACAGAGCACGGAGGAAGAGUGAUGGAACUAUAGUUGCUAUUAAAUGCCCUCAUGCAAGCGCCAAUAAACACCAUGUUAACAAUGAAUUGAGAAUGCUGGAGCGGUUUGGGGGGAAAAAUUUUAUAAUUAAAUAUCAGGGCUGUUUUAAGAGUGGAGAUUCAGAUUGCUUUGUUCUAGAGCAUGUUAAGCAUGACAGACCUGAGGUUCUGAAAAAGGAGAUAGAUAUAUCUGAGAUACAGUGGUAUGGCUACUGUAUGUUCCGAGCACUUGCAAGUUUACAUAAGCAGGGAAUAGUUCACAGAGAUGUUAAGCCUGGCAAUUUCCUUUUCUCUCGUAAGGCAAUUAAAGGUUAUCUUAUUGAUUUCAAUCUUGCAUUGGAUCUGUAUCAUAAGUAUGGAAUUAUAAACAAAUCAAAGGUGGGGUAUGAUGUAAGCUUAAAUCAUGUUACUCUUCCUAAUGCCAAAUACAUGCCUCCUGUCAAUAGUAGGAAGGUUCCAAGUGCAAAACCUUUGGCUGCAGUCAAACAAGAGGCAACCAAGGGCUCCAAUUCUACUUUAGCACAUAAAAAUUUGAAGAGAAAGUCUGCAGGACAAACAAAAGCCUGUAACGACCUGGGUAGUUGGAGUGUGAUCAACAGUCAAGGUGCAGAUGGCUCAGGGGUAACCUCUGUUAAAGAUGUGAAUAGCACUAAGACUCCAUCUGCGGAAAGGUUGAGAGAACCUUUGCCAUGCCAUGGUAGGAAGGAGCUCAUCAGCCUACUAAAGCAAGCAAUACAGAGUCCGAAUGAUCAAGCAUCACAUUUUCCAGCUCCUAAGAGAAAGCGGGUUGCUGCCCUUCCUGGAAAACCGGAUAGAGAGCUUGUAUAUCUUACUCCAAUGCCUCUGCACUCAAGUGGAAUUGCUGUUACUGGAGCUGGCUUGAGGAAUAAAGGAAAUGAUAAGAACAAGAAAGAAGGUCCUUGUGCUGGAACGAAAGGAUUUCGAGCUCCAGAGGUCUUGUUUAGAUCUCAACAUCAAGGCCCCAAAGUUGAUAUCUGGUCCGCCGGGGUCACCUUACUCUACCUAAUGAUUGGAAGAGCACCGUUUGUUGGCGAUCCUGAACAGAACAUAAAGGAUAUUGUAAAAUUGAAGGGUAGUGAAGAUCUGUGGGAAGUUGCUAAAUUACACAACCGAGAAUCGUCAUUCCCUGAGGACCUCUAUGAUACAGAGUCUUUGGCACCAAUGAACCUACGAGAGUGGUGUGAAAUGAACACAAAGAGAAGAGACUUUCUUAAAGUAAUCCCAAGUUCACUUUUUGAUUUAGUGGACAAGUGCUUGGCGGUGAACCCAAGAUUGAGGCUGAGUGCAGAAGAUGCUCUCAAACACGAGUUCUUUGCUCCAUGUCACGAAAGCCUGAAGAAGCACAAGUUGCUGAGGCAGGGACUCGCCCCUGACAACACAACUACCCAUGAAUCACAAAAACAAAUCGUUGCAGGGCCUGUGAAGUCUUCUCGGUAGCUAGUAUUUCGACCUGUAUUAACUUUCAGAAACUUGAAUCCAUAGUUAUUGCUAACUCUUUGCUUGCAGCUGUUGUGGUUGUUGCAUUGCCCAUUCACAAUUGCUGUGAAGGUAUGAGGCAGCCAGACUAACUAGCUUGCAUUUCUUGUUUCUAUUAUUAAAAUCCCUUUGUAAAGUUCUUACUGUAGAAAUUGCAAGUAUUCAAAUAGGUGAAUAAAAACCAAAGUUUGUGCUUA